AAGAAAAAAAAUGAGGCUAUUAUCCGAAGAAGAAAGGGAUAUUCUUUUAGAUGGUAUGGUUGAAUUAAGACGAAUUGGAUGUCGUAACCCAUUCGUAAUAAUGGCUGAAGUCUUACCUCAAUUCAAUGCUCGUCAACUUAAUAACUACUGGCGUAACUAUCUAGAUCCUGAAUUAUGUUAUUAUGAUUUGGAUGAUGAGGAAAAAACGUAUAUUGAUGGUUGGAUUUCACAAAAUAGAAUAGGAAAUGGUAUCAUUGAAUGGAAAAAUCUACGACAAGAUUUAAAAAAUCAAUAUGGUUUUUUACGACCCGAGAAUAUGGUGAAAAAUUACUGGUACUCAAAACAAAGACGAAUUGUUGGAGCGGCUGGGAUUGCUGGGGCGACUGGAAUGACCGGAAUUGUUGGGGCAACUGGAAUUUCUGGGGCAGCGGGAACUGCUGAAGCGAUUGUACUACCUCCCAUAUCUUUUAUUUUGAAUUUUCCCUUCGACCCUAAUAGUCCUAACAUGUGUGUUCUUCCGCCUAUUCAUAAUCAACAUCAAGGUGGUUUGGUAUUACCAACUUUGCAGCCAUAUUUUUUUAAACAAGAAGAGUACAAAUUCUUGGUCCGCAUAUAGAGUAUAUCGUAAUUAAUUUUACCACUACUAGUAGUUAUAAACUUAUAAUAAUAAUAACAAUAAUAGUAAUAAUAAUAAUAAUAGCAUUACAUAAAAUUAUUCAUCC